AUGUCUACUACUUUGAAAAACCUUCACUCAGUCGAAGUGACAACCGUGGAAAAUGUUUCCGUCACUGAAGAGAAUCUAACAUGGUCUCACACCGGGACAUCCGAGAGUACUUCACGCCAUGAGCUUGUCUUGGUUCACGGGGCACCAAACUCACAAUAUGCCCUCUUUAUACUCAAGGAGGAUCCAGAGAACAAGGAAAUGCCAUUUCAACUCUCGAUACUGAAGACGGGAGAAAUACCUACUGAGCUUCGAAGUCUUGCAGUGGCUGGAUUACCCCCUCAUCUUAAGCAUGGUUCUGCCAACGAGCAUGGUGCCACAAGCCAGGUGGACAUUAUUGUCUCGAUCAAGUCUGGUGUUGGACUAGCCUCCAAAGUCUGGGAAGACGUCCUCCAUCCUAUUUGGACAUAUAUCGCAGGAGAUGAUUCUGGCAAAUCUACAUAUCGUCUUAUUCACACAGAAAGCCCAGAGACCAUCCGAGACUAUGCAAAGCAGUUAUGGACUACAGAUGAGCGUUUGAAAGCAAGGACUAUAGUGCUUUUGAGUGGAGAUGGUGGUGUCGUUGAUCUUCUCAACGGCUCUGACGGGAAUCAGGUGCCAGAGAACCCACCUACAGUUGCCCUUCUCCCUCUGGGCACAGGAAACGCCCUCUUCCAUUCUACCCACAAGCCACUUUACACCGAGCCUGGCCCAAGCCCACUUGUACUCGGGCUCCGAACAUUAUUCCAAGGCGUUGGCGCUGACCUUCCCGUCUUCCGGGCAUCAUUCUCAUCUGGGUCGCAUAUCGUCAAGUUCACGGACAAAUCCAAGGAACAGUCUUCAACCCCGGAUCCAAACCAGAUACAGAAGCAGAAGACGUCAGUCACGCAUCUUCAGGGAGCCAUUGUAGCUAGCUACGGCUUUCACGCAAGUCUCGUCCACGAGAGUGACACACCUGAAUAUCGUGUCCACGGCGCAAAGAGGUUCCAUAUGGUCGCCGAAGGGCUUCUGAAGGAAUCUCAUCCAUAUGCCGCAAAAGUGUCUAAUCGGCGUCGAGGCUCUACUACGUUUGAGGAUAUUCCUCGUGAGUCGCAUGCCUAUGUGCUCGUAGCUCUAGUAUCGAACAUGGAGCGAAAGUUCGCCAUUUCACCCGCCACUAAACCUUUGCAAUCACAGCUUAGACUGGUCCAUUUCGGACCUAUCGGUGGUGAGCGGACGAUGAGUGUCAUGAUGAACGCGUAUGAUGAGGGCAGUCAUGUUGGUAUGCAGUGGCCUGACGGAGAAAAGGUUGGCUAUGAUGAAGUCGACGAAGUCAAAAUUUCGGUUCUAGAGAAAGAUGAGAGAUGGCGGAAGGUGUGCAUUGAUGGGACUAUCGUUGAGAUACCUGAAGGUGGAAAUAUGAGUAUCAAGAUGCUUGAUCACAGUCUCUUCAAGAUCCUGGCAAGCCCCGUCGUUUUAGAGAGCCGGGAGUAG